GGGAGGCACCGCUCUUGCAGCAGCACUGCCAGCGCGGAUGAGGUGCUUUGAAAGCACCCUCAGACAGGAAGACCAACCCUACUGGUGAACAAGAAAACAAUUAUACCUUCUGGACUAGAAGCAAGAAACUAUAAAACUGUGCCAAGCUGCUACUGCACCCCAGGUUUAGGCUUGUGACAUGGCCACAGAUGUAGCUGAGCCUGUGGUCCCUGACUGCAGAGGAGACGUAAGGAGUGGUGCCAGGUCAGAUGCUGACUAUCCUCUUCGGGUUCUCUACUGCGGAGUCUGUUCAUUGCCAACAGAGUACUGCGAAUACAUGCCUGAUGUGACUAAAUGCAGACAAUGGUUAGAAAAGAAUUUUCCAGAUGAGUUUGCAAAACUUACAGUAGAAAAUUCACCUAAACAGGAAGCUGGGGUUGGAGAAGGCCAAGGAACUGCGGGAGAAGAAGAGGAGAAGAAGAAGCAAAAGAGAGGUGGAAGAGGUCAGAUAAAACAGAAAAAGAAGACUGUACCACAGAAAGUUACAAUAGCUAAAAUUCCUAGAGCAAAGAAAAAAUAUGUCACAAGAGUAUGUGGCCUGGCAACGUUUGAAAUUGAUCUUAAGGAAGCACAAAGGUUUUUUGCUCAGAAAUUUUCCUGCGGUGCCUCAGUAACGGGAGAAGACGAAAUCAUCAUUCAGGGGGAUUUUACAGAUGACAUUAUUGAUGUAAUCCAGGAGAAGUGGCCUGAGGUGGAUGAUGAUAGCAUUGAAGAUCUUGGAGAAGUCAAGAAGUAAUAGUGAAAGACUACCUUUAUUUAAUUAUAUGGUUAUAAAUGAUGUAGCCAAAGUGAGGCUUCUAAAUCCAUUUGCUCUGCAGUGAAACUGUGGAGAACCCAUAUCCUUGGCAUUUUCACUGUUCUGUAUAGGCUGCUUGGUUUUUUUUGUUGUGAUAUUUGCCAAAGUUAAACUGGGGUUCUAUCAUGCUUACGCAUGA